AUGGCAUCACGCAGGAAUUCAAGUUUUCCACCUCAAAAAGUAGAAAGACUGCUUCUUAAACAUGGCAGACGCAAUGUGAAAGCUGAAAAUUUACCUGAUAAAUUCAUCAAAUUUACAAAGGAUAUUGUCCACACAUUAGUUGAGAUGCCUUGGCGUAAAUUGUUAUUCAUUGUCAUCAUGACAUUUUUCACAACUUGGACAUUUUUUGGCAUUGUUUAUUACGUCAUUGCUUGGACUAAUGGUGAUCUAGUAUUUGAUGAAAUAACUGGUGAGAGGAUGAUUGGUGAUCGGGAUCCUUGUAUUAUGGGAGCUAGAACCUUUGCGGGAUUCUUUUUGCAUAGCGUUGAAUCACAAGUGUCAACUGGCUACGGAACGUGGUAUCCAUCUGAAGAAUGUCCAUCAGCUAUAACUGCCCUUAUAACCCAAUUAGUCUUUGGACUAAUAAUUGAUUCAGCAAUUGUUGGUAUCGUAAUUCAAAAGCUAACUCGUCCACCAAAACAUGUAUACAAAGAAUUCAGUAAACACGCUGUCAUCUGUUUAAGAGAUGAUAAAUAUUGCUUACUAUUUAGAAUAGCUGACUUUAGACAUACACGAUCAAUAGAUAGUAAGAUAAGAGCUUAUCUAUUUGAAGAUGUAUUGACUGAAGAAAAUUACAUUGAAAAGAGACAGAGUAGAUUGAAAAUUGAGGAAAGUGGGAGGCUCUUUAUGCUGUGGCCGCAGAUUGCUUGCCAUAUUAUUGACAAAAACUCGCCAUUAUAUAGGAUGGGACCAAGAGACUUUGCUGAAAUGAAUUUUGAAAUAAUCAUUGGACACAAGGGAGAAUCCAGCUACUCAGGUCAUACAACUCAAGCACGCACAAGUUAUCUUGCUCGAGAAGUCCUCUGGGGAUUUCGAUUUGUCAACAUUACUUCAUUUGAUGAUGAGAAUGAAUGUUUUGUUGCUGAUGUAGAUGCAAUGGAUGAUAUCAAGCAAGUUGAAAUGCCUCAAUACUCUGCCAAAGUUUAUGAUCAAUUAAAGACCGUUGGUGAUGGAAAUGAAAUUGUGUGGAGGAGUGAAUUAAGAAGAUUUGAUGUUGAUAUGAUAGAAAGUGCAAUGUAG